UACUGCUACUCAUAAACAGGCACUUUCUUAGACGUUCUACUUCACAUAGGUGUCCCCGUUUCCCUGCAACCUUGGAAAUGCUUCAACUUUAGUAAAUAUUACAUAUUCCCCUAUAAAUGGGGUAAUUGGCGUAAGGUCCCCUUUCACUACAGCACGGUAUACUAAUGUUAAAGUCAGUUUUUUACAAGCAGUGUUUCUAUUAUUUGAAAGGCGCAACAUGGAAUAUGAAGAAAGAAAAGGAGGAAGAAGUAGGUGUUUAAGAGUGUACCUAAAGCAGACUUUACAAAAAAAAAUUGACAGAAAUACAAAAUAAGACAGAAACAUUGCGUAGCUUAGAACAGGUUGUUAUUACUAUUGCUGCAGACGGAUGCGAAAACAAACUGAAAUCGAACAAAUUUCUCUUUUGGAAACAGCUAAAGCAAUCGAAACGUUUUCGAAACUACAACUAUGCAGAAAAAAUCAACAAAAAAGAAUGUUUUUACGUCCUAUGACUCCAAAUACAAAUUUUAUUAUUAUAUCAGCAAUUCAGUAACUUCAUUUCAAUAUAAAUCUUCCUGAACACAGAUGUCAGAUUUCCAAUCAUAGCAAAUUCAGACUGUUUUGUUUAGCAAUUUUCGCUGCUUCAAUACAAUAAUUGCCUAACAAUGCCAGAACUUUGAUGCAACCUGUCUCACAAAGUCUUUCGACAAAAGGAUGUCGCUCAACUGUUCACAUUUACACGAAAUUCUCUUGAUCUUAUUUUUUUCUGCUAUGAUACGUGAAAAUAAAAUCUAUAAUGGCCUUGAAAGCGCGCCCUACAGAACUGAAUGAAAGAAUCUUCUUUCCAUUGUAAACAUAGAUAUUCUGUUUAAUUAUUCAUGCACCAAUAGUAUAUGUUUGACUGUGCACAAAAGGUACUUGGUCGCUGUUAAACUCUGUUAUGUCGUCUGUGAAUCCAUAACUUUUUCAGUAGUUGCAAACCGUACUUUCAGCAAAAGAAGGACCACAGCAGCGCAUUAUUCUGCUAAAAAUGGCAAUGGAAUACCUCGACGGUGGCCCAAAGAACAUGAAUAGCAUUUAUGGCAUGAUACGAGCACAGAAAUUGGCAAGGAAAAUCAAAGCAAGAGCUGUCUUUCUCGUUGCUGAGAAAAAGAAGCUCGAAAAUAAAGGAAGUAUAGUCAUUUCGCAUGCUGACAUCCCACAGAUGGAGUACAGUUUGAGGCCAUUUGCUACCCAGAGUAGUUUAGGAAUACCGCGUUAUCUGAACUCUUCAAGCAGAUCGCCGUUCACGAAUCCGUCAUCUCGUCUAACGAGCGCCAGCCAACCGCCAGCGCCACGGAUUAAUCUCGAUCUCUAUCGAAUGGAGCCUAGAAAGUAUUUCAAUGAGUGUGAAGUACGAAAUAUAAUCAAAGAUCUGUUUGAAAAGAAUCUUGACGGGAAAACCUAUCGCGCGGAGUUUUGCAAAACGGUGGCAAAAAGUUUAAGUGAAUCGAUAAAGGAGAAAGUGAAAGCAUUGAACUACCAUAGGUACAAAAUCAUUAGUUUUGUUCACAUUGGUCAGAUUUGCAACCAAGGGGUGAAGAUUGCUAGUUUGUGUCUCAUUGACAACAAUUUUGACAAUUAUGCUGAGUACCGCCACCAGGGACAUGACUUCUUUGCUGUUGGAAUUGUUUAUGGUCUUUAUAUGGAAUAA